UCCGAAUGGCGAUUGGAUAGAUGCGCUGUCAAUCAAGUGGCGGUUUUUUGUUCUGCGCUUGCGCCGUGUGCUAAUGUUGCGAGCCAUUGGAAGAACCUUCAAAGUAUCGAGCUGGAGUCGGGUUGUUCCAGCAGCUGGUAAGCAAGUGGGACCGGUCCGCAGAGCACAUGUCCUUCAGCCCAAUCGCAUUCAUUACCGUCAUGCAAUUUUUACCCUAAAGGUAUUCCCGACUGCGGCCCUGAGGAAAAAGACAAUUACCGCCAGUCCUCCGACUUGGUGGAGGAGGAUGUCUUUAGAAACGAAACACCGAAUUUUGUUGCUUUAUGCCUCACAACAAGGGCAAGCGAAAGCAAUUGCUGAAGAAAUUGCUGAGGAAGCAGAUGAAAAAGGAUUUGUAGCUGAUAUAUGUUGUGUGAGCCAACUUGAAAAGUUCGACCUGGAGAAAGAACGUGCUCCAGUUGUUAUAAUUGCCUCUACGACUGGUAGUGGGGAUCUACCAGAAACGGCAAAGAAAUUUGCGCAGGAACUCAAUAGCAAUUUUCCAGUUCACCACUAUUCACACAUAAAAUAUGCAGUAUUAGCUCUUGGAGAUUCCAAUUAUUGCCUUUUUGCCAAUGGUGGAAAGAUAAUUGAUCAUCGCCUUCAACAGCUUGGUGCAGAGCACUUCUAUGCAACUGGAUAUGCAGACGAUGGUGUUGGAUUGGAGUUAGUGGUUGAACCUUGGAUUCAAGGUCUUUGGGAUGCCUUGAAAGAUGUGUGCCAGAAGAAAGAAGAGAUUAAUGAUGGUGCAGCCAAAAUGUUUGCUACAAGUGAUGAUUCAACAGCAAACAAACUUGAUUUUAAGAACUCGAAUGCAUUGGCAGAUCUUGAAUUAUUGAGGAUAGAAGCAAAUGUACCAACUGUGGCUGAAGAUCCAGUUAUUUCAUCUGAGAGUGUUGAACAGAAUUGUAUAGUAGCAGGACCACAGGAAUAUUGUCUAGUGCCAAACUGGGUAAAAUCUGAAACACUCCUGUCAGAAACCACACUGAAUAUCCCUACAUUGCCAGUGGAGUAUCUAAACGUGGAGUUUCAAGAAGGCACAGAGCAGGUCUCCCAACAAGAAUUAUUUUCGUUGGCACCAAACUCCACUGUGUUUCAGGUUCCAGUGACUAAAGCAAUUUCUCUAACCCGGGAGGAUGCAUUGAAAACUGCCCUAUUCUUGGAACUUGAUAUUUCAAAAACAUCAAUGACCUAUGAGCCUGGAGAUGCUUUCAGUGUUAUAUGUCCUAAUAACAGGAGUGAAGUGGAAGAACUGAUUUGGAGACUUGGGCUUGCAGACAAAAGAGACCGUGUUGUUGAAAUAAGCAUGAGACCAAAUAAUAAGAGAAAAGGUGCUCACUUGCCUGAACACGUACCAAAGAGAAGUACGCUGCAAUUCAUUCUGACUUGGUGCCUGGAAAUACGAUCAGUUCCCAAAAAGGCAUGUUUGCGAGCAUUAGCUGAAUACACCUCUGACUCUUGUGAAAAACGGCGACUGCAAGAACUGAGUAGCAGACAGGGUGCUGCAGACUACAACCGGUGUUUGAGAGACCACAACAUCUGCCUGCUUGAUAUUCUUCGUGCUCUUCCAUCAUGCCAUCCACCGUUUAGCCUACUUUUAGAACAUUUACCAAAACUGCAAGUUAGAUCCUAUUCAGCGGCAAGUUCGUCUGACUAUUAUCCUGGUAAACUUCAUUUUGUUUUCAAUGUUGUUGAAUUCCCAUCCUCCCCUGAGAAGCCUGUUGCCCGGAGAGGUGUAUGCACAGGUUGGCUGGCAGAACAAGUUACACCAAUACUUCACAGCUAUGAAAGCAUAGCUACAGUUGGUGACUGCAUGUCAAAUGGGUUUCCGCUUCCACAGAUUUCUAUUUUCAGCCGGCAAAACACGUUAUUCCGUCUACCUGCAGAUGCUGCAGCUCCUAUUAUCAUGGUGGGUCCUGGAACUGGCAUCGCUCCCUUCAUAGGUUUCCUACAGCACCGUCAAAAACAGAAAGAAGAGAAUCCUGACUUUGUUUUUGGGGAAACUUGGCUAUUUUAUGGCUGUCGAUAUCAUGAUCGAGAUUAUCUGUUUCGGAAUGAGUUGAGGAGUUUUCAAAACAAUGGCACUUUGACCCAGCUGAAAGUCUGUUUCUCAAGAGAUUUACCCAAGGACACAACAGAAGGAAAACCAAAAUAUGUUCAACAUCUACUUCAGCUCUUUGCUGAAAAUGUCACAAAAAUGUUGCUGAGUGAAAGUGGAUAUUUGUAUGUAUGUGGAGAUGGCAAAAAUAUGGCUAAAGAUGUGGCCAAUUCUGUGACCGAGAUUGUAUCAGAAAACCUGAGAGUGGAUACUCUGGCAGCCAUGAAAAUUAUAGCCAACCUACGUGAAGAGAAACGUUACCUACAGGAUGUCUGGAGUUAACUGCAUCUGGAGAGAGGGGUAUAAAGUAGAUCUUUUAAAAAAGACUAUGCCGCAGAAACUAGGUACAGUGUUUAAAAAGUGAUAAGCAAUGCUAAUCGUUGGAAGGAGUGUUAGAAAAACACUCUUCCUAGACAAAAUGAUUGGGGAUUUUAUUUUUAAACCAUCGCACAGCUCCUUGUCAAAGACAUAAUGUAGUGAAUAUCACUCUGACGAUGUUUAGAAACAAAUGAUAAAAGUUAGUCAGACGUCUUUUCAAAUAAUGCAUUUUCAGAUGAAUUCAGAUGUUUUCAACCAUGCUGUUAGGAGUUGCUGCAAUGUGAUUUUUCUGCUCUUUGAAAUGUAAUAACCCAUUCAGCAGCAUUUUAACUGUUUUAAUGUAACCUGUUACUGUAAUGUUUAACUAAAGCAAUGUAAAUGCAUUUAAUUAUGCAAUUUUUAAAUUAUGUCUUUUAAAACAUUUCUAUGCUAAGGUUAAGUUACGUAUCAGACAGAAGUGUAGAAGCUUCCAUAGAGCUCCAGUUAGGUCUAGUGAGAAGUUAUUGUUUAGAUCUGCACUAAAUGCCAACAUUUUCAGCACAUCUACCAGUAGGUUUUGUUAUACAAUUCACAUUUCGUUAAUAGAUUCGCAGGGUUAGUUGCGGAACAUUGCAUUUUGUCAUGUCACUUACCUCACUGCUGUCUUAUUUGUUGUGCUGUCCUAUUCUUUACUUUUGGCUUUGGUACCAGUUAUUUUUAUUCAUUAUAUAAAAGGCAAAAAUAUUGCUGGAAA